AUGAGUAUUACUGAGAGUGAGGCCAAUUUUAGCUCCCGGGCUGCGAAGCUCGGCUUGAAAGCUGAGGUGCUUCAGCUGCUUGUCGAUGGUGGCGUCAACACUCUUGCCAAAUUUGCGUAUGUGAGCAGCUUCAUUCCGGGUCAGAGUGAUGAGGGUCCUUUUGUGACUUCCAUAAAGGACUUGUUGAAGAGGGAUGCUACCGUGGGGGAGCUUUCGGUGCUGCGCCGAUUGCACUCUGAGGCCUUUGCUUUGGUCGCGGCCGAGCUUAAAUCUCAGGUUGAGCGCACCACCGAUGCACCAGCGAGGAGCCUUGCCGCUCCUGACCGAGCAGAUCGUCUGGCUCGUCAAGUGGUGCGGUAUCCAGGCUUGACUAUCGCCGGGCCUAAUGAACCGAGUGACAGGUCAGUGGACAAGUGUUGUCAAAUGUAUGAAAACAAUCGCCUUACAUAUCUUCCGCUGAGUUGGUGCAUGAGCAAGGACGAUGAGACUCGGAAUUCCCGGGACAAGGAGGAUCGUACCCUCACAGUUGACAAUAGCGGUAAUGUUCACAUCAAGAACGCCGACAUUCGAGGUGAGGCCGACUUGAGCACUGACUUGUUACUGAAAUUCGCCCUCACUCGGCGAGGACUCGCGAUGGAACAGGCCGGAUUGUUAGGUUUCAAAGAACAUGAGAAAUGGGCUGAGCGCCUGUUGCACUCCAGAUAUCGUGAGGUGCCUUCGGGAUACACCCGAGUCAGCAUACAGCAGCUGCUUCAAGCCGAUAAGCAAUUGUUUGUCACCGCUGCUAAUGAGUGUCGCAGUGGAGUGCAAGUCACGGAGACCGGUCGUCCAUUGGACGAGGCGUGGAUGCGUUGCGCCGAUUUGACCGAGGUGUCUCAUUUGCUCGCUCCUCUCGCGUCGCCUCCUCCCGCUAAGAUUCCCUUUGAAAGACCCACUCCGUAUGGCCGUGGCAAAGGUCGGGGCAAAGGUUCUGGUAAGGGUAAGCAACCGUCGCGCCGCGAGGUGACCAUGCCAGAGGACCUAAAGGACGGGCACGCAAACACCCCGAAAGGAGUGCCCAUUUGCUUUGAUGCUCAGAGGGGCAAAUGCACUAGGCAAUUGACAGGCAACAAGUGCUUCAGGGGUGCUCACGCUCCUGCUCCCAAGAUUGCACGCGUUUCACUUCAAACCAAUCUUCAGGCUGAUGAGGUCAAGGCCAUCGAUGAAAUUGAGUCGAUCAGUAGCGCAAGUUUUGAUCACGAAUUCAAGGGUUCGGUCGAGGAUCGAGCUCUGACCCUGCUGAACAAUGCUGGUGUUGUUUCCCCCACUGAUUUACUUGAGAUCUUCCAAUCACUCCCCACAGAGGCUUCCGUCCGAGGUGACCCAUCACAAGGGGUCUCCUUCUCGACAGGUGCCUAUUGCAGAGUCAAGGUUGGGCUGCGACGUAAUGUCUUGCUCUUCCCGAAUGUGACAAAGUUGGCCGCGCGCUUUGUGCGACAGCAGCUGCCCAGCUUAAAGUUCACGAGCUUAGCAUUCUUUCGCAACGUUCAAACCACACCUCAUGUGGAUGCGCAUAAUUCUUCUUUGCCCAAUGCUGUGUGUGCACUGUCUGACUUCGAUCAGGGACAGGUGUGGGUUGAGAGACCAGGCGGCCAAGCUUGGUGCGAUGUUGAUGGCGAACUACGCAGUGGAGUCGAACUCAGCUUGAAUGGGAGUCAUGCCGUCUUCACCGCUCGACGUUUGACUCACGCCACUAGGAAUUGGUCGGGUGAUAGAGUGGUGUUAGUUGCUUUUUCAGUCUCCGCCAUUGAUCACCUUAGUGAGACUGAUAGUGCCACACUGACCGAUUUGGAAUUUCAGCUCCCGAUGCAAGCCGACAUUCUUGAUGCCGAACAGUCACCUCCGGUUUGCUAUGAAGCGCCGGUCGUUACCGGGGGGUGUGCUACUGAUGAGUUUCCAAAACCACUCGGCCUCGCACAACCAGUGACUUCCCCGCCUCUAGCUUCCUCCAAGUCGGGUUUAGCCCCCGUAGCAGAUUCCGUAGUGUCUACUGGUCAGGUUCAGGCCAAGCCGGUUGACCAGCCUGGUAUUGUGCUCGAGCUGUUUGCCCGUGCAGGCUCUUUGUCCCGAGCCUUUCAUCAGAUUGGCUUUGAGGUCAUGCCCAUAGAUAGGGGAAGUCACCGGCUUCCGUUGGCCAAGUUGUGCUCACUGGAUCUUGCCUUGCCGAGCUCGUGGCAGUAUCUUUCGCAUGUGCUUGACAACUAUCAUGUUCGGUACGUGCACAUUGAUCUGCCGUAUGCCACCUAUGGACCUAAGCAGGGCCUCCGACGACUGUCCCAUGGAUCUGUAGUUCCUGUAGGAGGCGCCGACGCCUCUCAGGUUCAAAGGCUCGCAUUGGCCGACUCCUUGUUGGAACAUGUCAUCACCUUCUUAAAACGAGUUCAACAAAUGGGCAUCGCCUGGUCCAUUGAGCAUCCGCAGUCCAGCUUCCUGUGGCAUAUGCCUGCUGUGCGCCAGCUCACCAACACCACUACCGUGGUGUACGAUUUGUGUGCCUUCGAUUCUCCGCAUCGCUUGCGGAGGCAACUGCUAACGUCUUGUAGUGCACUCAAGUGUUUACAACAAGCGUGCCAAGGUAAUCACAGUCAUACGCCUGUGACUGGCGGUGUUGAUACUCAUCCCAGGCUUUUCUGUCAGCAGGUUGCCCACGCCGUGGCCAAACACUGUGGCUUUGACCCCCUUUUGUCUCCGCUGCAGUCCAGCCCUCCGCCUGUCACACAGCAGCGUCGGGGUAAACUUGGUGCGAGCCUCAUCAGAGAAUUUGGUCGCGUCUGCAGAUGUCGUGUGCCACAGAUUCCGCCUGUGGAUCAUAAAAAUUGCUUGCAGCACGCCAUCGGUGACAUCCCCGCAGGCUCCAAACUUCUCGCCACUGAGGAGACGGGGGAGUCGGGUGGCUUCGAACUUAGUGUUGGUGUGUAUGCAACACCGGAUGAGUUUCUGGAGGAGGCCAAAGGAUUACGGCAUCCCUUCGAGACGUUUGCUGUCAUCCCCGACGAAGUGAAACGAAAGCUUCAUGAGGCCUUGGUGAAGGGCCCUGAGUGGGUUGGUAGGCAACGUGUGGCCACUCUCAACAAGUGGUUAGAAUGGGCCAGGGAAUUGGAGGAACCAGAGUCCCGACUUAAGGAGGGCCUCGAACCUGGUGUGAGGUCUGUGUUAGGAUCAAAGAGGCUUCUCUUGCUCAAACGCAUUGCUGAUGACUUGAAGUGGCCCGACGAUGGAUGGUUUGAGGAUACUUGUAAGGGUUUUGGUUUGGUUGGUUGGCAGAAGCCCACUGGUGUCUUUAGAAAGGAGCCUCGUCCCCAGGAAAGGACGGCUGACGAGUUUACUAAGGCCUGUAAGUACAUCCGUCCGGCGCUUUUGGGUAAGGUUUUGUCCGAGGGUUUGAGUGAGCAUUCUUCGGAACUGUGGGAUAAGACUUUGACUGAGGUUGCCGAAGGGUUCUUGGAGGGACCACUUACCGAAGAAGAGCUGACGAGAAGGUACGGCGACGCAUGGGCCCCUGUGCGCCGGUUCGCCGUGAUUCAAUCUUCUGGAGGCAAGCGCAAGUUGAGACCGAUUGACGACUACUCCGAGAACUUAGUUAAUGGUUCUUUUUCUUAUGGGGAUAAGCUAGAUCUAAGGGCACUUGACGAGAUCAUUGCAAUAUGUCGCUUUUGGAUCCGAGCUCACACGACGGAGCAUCAAUUCUUUCUGGACAUGGCCAGCGGACCACCGUUGGUUGGUCGAGUGCACCCUGCUUGGGCGGGUUCGUCGUGGUGUCCUGAGCUGUGCACCUUUGAUUUGAAGAACGCUUAUCGCCAAUUUGCGUUGAACCCGAGCCAUCGUGCCUUCUCCGUCGUUGCCCUUCUCAAUCCGGAUAAUGGCGACUUGGGAUUGUUUGAGGGUAAGGCUCUGCCUUUUGGAAGCACAUCGUCCGUGCUCCACUUCAGCAGGUUGUCUAGGUUGCUGUGGCGGAUAGGUUUGGAAGUCUUCCUGUUCUGGGCCAACUUCGUUGACGAUUAUCCAGUGAUGAGCCCGUGCUGUCUUUCAGGUUCCACCAUGGACACCUUGCUUGUGUUGUCCUCAGUGCUUGGUUUUUCCGCAUCCCUUGACAAAUUGAACCCAUUUGCAGACGUCGCCUCCAUGCUUGGGGUCGAGAUUGACUUGAAAGGAGCCAAGGAAAGUGUCAUUCGGAUUAGGAACAAGGAAGGCCGAUCCAGUGAGGUGUGUGAUGCCAUCCGUGAAUGCAUCAGUGAAGGUUGCAUCAAGAUGCGUACUUUUGCCAGGGUUGCAGGUCGUGUCCAGUUCUCCGAUGCGCAAGUCAUGGGGAGAACCGGAAAGCUCGCAUUGGCGGAGCUGAGAGCCGCUUCCACACGCCACGCCUCCCGGUUUGUCCUGGGUCCCCGCGAGAUCGAGGCUUUCGAGUUUCUCAUUGAUCGCCUGUCUUUCGGUUCCCCUAGGGUAGUCCCUUGUGUGGUUGCCCCUAAGCCUGUUUUGAUCUUCACGGACGGAGCAAGCGAACAGUCUGGCAACACCGUUGGAGGUAUUCUUUACUCUCCUUCUGAUGCGCGGCCCCGAUUCUUUUCUUGCGAAGUUCCUUGUGCCUUGGCAGACCGAUGGAGGCAGCAUCUGAAGCAUAUUAUCGGACCCGUUGAGGCGUACGCUGUCGCCCUGGCACGCAAGGCUUUCCACCAGUACAUGUCUGGACAGUAUUGCCUUUUCUUCGUUGACAACGACGCUGUCCUUCUCAGCUUUGUGCGAGGAACGUCCAACAGUGAUCACUUUCGAGAGCUGCUUCUCACAUGGGAAUGCUGUGAGAAACAUGGUCCAUCGUGGACAUACUGGACAAGGGUCCCUUCCGCAUCCAAUCCUUCAGACGACCCGUCACGCGGUGAGUUCAGAGCACUUGUUGAUUCGGGUGCAUUACGAGUUAAGUGCUCAUGCCCCAUCUCGGGCAUCCCGCUGGUCGACUUGUAA